AUGUCUGCAAUUUUUUUGUGGAAAAUCUUGAUUUUUUCAGCCUUGCUGAGUCUGGGUUUUGGUUUAUCUCCAAACGUUAAGGUACAGUUAAUCAUAAUAUUACAUAUUUGUUCUAACAAUUUCUUGAACACUUUUUCGGGCCAAAAUUUGUCAGUAUAAAUUUAUGAUGGUAAAUGACGUGAAUUGCAUACAGUAGCACACGAUUUAAAUUGCUCACUGGGUACAACAAGUUGUCAUGGUUUGGUCUUUGGAGCGUUUUCUGACUCGUGCCUUUGAAAUCAGAGGAUAAAGCGAAAUUCCAUGUAAACACUAUGUAAAGACAAUUAGUAAUAAAUUAAAUAGAAAUAAUAAUUUUGUUAAAUUUGUGGCAGUAUAUAAUUAUUGUAUUCUGCAUGGUAUUACUGUAUAAUGAUUAAUGGCAGGGUUGUAAAGUUAUGCUUAUAUAGUAGUGUGAUGAAAAUACAACAUUUUAAUUUCUCCAGUAAAUUAAAAUUCCUCGUCUACGUGGAUAAAAGAUUACUUAAAUAUUAGCAUGGAGGAUGUACUAUUUAAAGCACGCGUAGGAGUGUUUUAUCACAUAUAAAACACGACGCGUAGCGGAGUGUUUUAUAUGUGAUAAAACACGACAACAAGUGCUUUAAAUAGCUUAAAAAACGACUCAUCUUAUAUGAGUUCAUUGGCGAAGUAAUUUUUAAAAUAAACUUUGUCUAAACCGAGAAAAUCAAAGCUAAAGUUUAUGUAAAUUAACAUGAUUUUUUAUCACAUAUAAGGCACGACACGCUUAUGAUUUUCUUUGUGUUUUCCUCCUGAAUUAUUAAUGAGUUUUUUAACUACAUAUAAAAUCUGAUGAGCAGUGAGAAACCUUUUUUUUUCUGUUUCCAUAUAUUGUAUUUUUUUCUGUCAUUGCAUGCGUACAUAUGAGGCUUCAUUUGUGUUUGAAAAAGCCGGGCGACAUAAAUAUACAACUAUUUAAAUUAAGGUUGUCCCCGAGUAAAGCGGAAAGUCGAAUAUGAGCGCGAAAGGUUCACUGGGAUCACUAAAAUAUUAAUGAAUUUUUUAACGAUUCCCAGCAAGCCUUUCGCGCUCGUAUUCGACUUUUCCUCCAUUCCGAGGGACAACUUUAAUUGAAAUAGCUGUAAUAGUUGCAGUCUCUUUGCUUCUAAAAACACUCACAGUCACUGACUCAGCAUGUAACAUAGUACGCAUUUGUGAAUAAAAAUUACAAUAUUAAACUGAAAUAUCAAUGCAUACAUACAUUUGAAGUACUAAAUUAGUUCCGGCAGAUCUAUAGUAGUCUAUUCUACAAGGUUUGCGAUCUGCCCUUAAGGAUCAAACAUAUUUUUUAGAAAGGCAAGCUACAUUUAUCACACCCACAGAUUCUACUUUGCUGGGAUUGAAGAAAUAAAUGAAAUUGUUCAUAGACGAUUAGAACUCUGCAGCACUAUUAUACAACAUACAUGCCAAAAGAAUGAAAGUUGUACAGAAAAAUUAUUAUGAAACGUGGCUUUACCAUAAUUUUAGGAUAUUUUUAAUCUUCGUAUUUGGAUAGUAUAAAAUGAAAUUUGAGAAGUAUGAAGUGUAUUUAAUCACAUUUAAUAACUUCCUUUAGCAACAAGGCCUAUAAUUAACAAUUCUAAAUGGUUUGUGAACAUGCACUAAAGUACAAAUUUGUAUAGUCAAGUACAAAUUUAUAUAGUAAGUACAAAUUUAUAUAGUCAAGUACAAAUUUGCAUAAUCAAGUACAAAUUUGUAUAGUCAAGUACAAAUUUAUAUAGUCAAGUACAAAUUUGUAUAGUCAAGUACAAAUUUAUAUAGUCAAGGUUUGCAAUGAAAUUGAAUUGAUAAUAAAAAUCAGCAUGAGACAGUAAGUUAAUAGCAAGCAAAUCAUAUGCAUGCAACAUAUCAUAUUGCAUGUCACGUCACGAACAUAUAUGGCUGAAUAACAAUGUCAAAUACCUCGAUUAUACUCGAUAUAUUGGAAGUCAGUGGAAAAUGACACUGCAAUGAAUCUGGGUGAAUGCUGUCGGUUAAAUAUUUUAUAGUAUGAGACGAUUAUUUCAAAUGUUCCCUUUCCAGUGGCAGAACUUAUUAAUCUUAUCUAUCUAUCUAUCUAUCUAUCAGGUAACAUAAUAUUGCGUGCUAUAAUAUGUAUACAGUAUGUUGUAUGGGUAAUGGCUAAUAUCGAAUAUAUUAUAAAUGGAAAUUGACAAAUGAAGUACCUCUGCAUGCCUUAAUAAUUAAUUUCCUUCUUCCAAUUUUGAAAACGGUUUGCAAAUGUGUGUGGAAGCAUUGUAAUCGCAACGUUUUGAAAACCAUGACGUUAAUCGAUGAAAUUUGAGAUCCACUCAUGCAUGCUAUUAGUUGACAUGCACAACUCGACGAAAGCGUACGAAUAGCCUCAUUAACUGAACGACAAACGCGCUUAAACUCGCUGGCUUAUUGGUCGAGACGAAAAAUUAUAAAUUUUCGUCAGCCAAACGUAUACGAUCAUCACAUGACGUUCCAAAACAAACGUACUUAUGCGUCGAAACUCUUAAAACCAGGCUUGCUGGUUGGUCGAGACAGUACAUUAUGAAUUUUCGUCUAGUGAGUAAACUGAUUUAUUUUUCACCCUGCUCGGUUUCCUUUGUUCUUGUCGGGGAAUAUAUUCAAUAUUCCACUCUAAUCAAUUUCCGUUUAAUAAUCCCCUCUAAUAUUCACCUGCAAUUAAUAAUCCCCUCUAAUAUUCACCUGCAAUGUUUUUGCAGCACAAAAAAUGUGAAAAAAACAACAUCGCGAAGGCAAUAUGGCAUUAAGAAUUAUUUCUUUUCUGACUCAUUCACGCGACCUCGCAGUGUGAAAAAUAAGUACGUUAUUUUGAGGCACCUCGGGGAUAUGUGUUUAUUCACCUCGGCGCUGCGCGCCUCGGUGAAUAAAUCACAUAUCCCCUCGUUGCCUCAAAAUAACCUAUACAUAUUCUAAUUGUCAAGAAAUGACACAGCAGUAUAAUUAGGUAAGCCUGAGCAACUUGAAGUGUCGUAUCACAAUGCAAUUAUAUUUACAGAAAGGAAAGUUAGCUCUCUUUAGCUUUGGGUUAUUAGAUUGGGCACAUGUUUGUACCAGCAUGCAAUAAUAGUCCAUACAACUCUCACUAACAGACUCGCGUUUCAAAUGCAUGGUUAAUUCACUCAGUAAAGCUAGGGAACGGAAAGUAAAAGGAUAGUGAAUCUGUCUUCUAUUUCCUCUCCUCGUUGGCGAGAAAACUGUUGGGCCUACAUCACGUACAAUCAGCAGAAAGGAUUCGACACUUUCCCCCGUUAAAUUCCAAAACAGAAAUUGCUCUAUUUCAUUGAAAAAGUCGCAACCAUUGCAUGAACGCCGAACGCACAAGAUUGGGAAAAAAUACUCCUUCCAUACGUGCCCUUGGGAUAUUUGUUUGGGGGCAUGCUGUUGUCAGGAAUGAUAAUUUGCAGAAACUUUCAAAGUUUUCAAGUAUAAUAACUCGCGGUUAACAGUGUAUGGUUUAUUUCGUUACUUAACCUGACAUAUCUCUACAUGCAGCACAUGUAUGUAUAUGCACGGAGAAUAAAAUGUUACACAAAAUUGCUAAACACUGCAGAGCCUGCCAGAGCGGUUGCAAUCACAUGUAAGUCGUCUACCAUGGCUAAGGUUGAAAUAUUUUAAAAACACGUAUAUUUGCAUGAAUAGUCGAGUAAAUACCAACCUAAAAUGUCGUGUUUUGUGAUCAUUGUUUAUGACUCGUUCUUUAGAAAGACAAUUUCUACAGUUCAUUGUCUUUUAUUGUUAUGAUCAACCAAUCACAAAACCAUAUUCAUAUAGGUUGGUGGCGACCCAAUGUAUAUUAUUAACAUAACUGAAUAUCCGUUCGCUAACGUUGAGUUGUGCAUGUUAACUAAUUAGACAUAAAACAGUCCACGCCGAUCAUGCAGGCUCAUACGUUGGUUUCCUCAGUGAUGUAUUGAUUGGCGUAUUUGUUUCGUUUUCGUGGAUACGUGUGAACCCUAACCCGACACGGUAGCUUUAUAUAAUUAGACAGAGGCCAAAACACUAACGAGGAACCAGAGGAACGAAAAAAAAGCUUUCGAAACGUCAAAUUUAAAUAUACGUUUGGACGAUUUGACAGGAACUAUAAGUGUUUCACUGAUUUAAUUCAACAACAAGACAAACAUAAUUCUAUACAGCUAACUUUACCGUGUUUCUGGUCAUAGAAUGGAAUUCAACAUUUAGUAGUUUCUUUCACUGUGGAAAAGAGCCUGCUGCCUGUAUGUGGUACUAAGCGAGAGAAAACAUGUAUACCGGGAAUUCUUUAUAGCCCGGUCAAACGAGAACGCGAUUUGAGAGUCACGAAUUGUUACAGGGGACAUUUCAUUUUGAACUAUAGUAUAUAUGCUUAUACAUUUUGAACUCCACAUAUAUAGAGAGGACAACCCGUCUUGAAAUUGCAAAAUUAAUACCAACUAAAGUUGGGGAAAAAAUCACAUGUUUCAAUGCCCAGUUAAUGAAAGUUUCUGUUUUUCAUGCUGAGCAAAAUAUUAUAUAUGUAAUUGAAUACGGAGUACCAUAAUUUUGCUUUUCAUGAUUUUAUUUGCAGAAAUUUUCAAAGUGCAACAUUGGUCAACAUCUCAACCGCAAGGACAGGAAUGGACGAGUGAAAUUGCUUAUUUGUGCAGAGAAAAUCAAAAGCGUUUCUCAAUGGAAAUUUGUUGACGGUACGUAACUGAUGCAGAUGUUUAGCUAUGGUACUAUUGUCCAUAUACUUUAUGCUUCCAACUAAGUCACAAAUCUUGAAUAUUGCUCACCCCCCCCCCCAAUUAUCGCGUCUAGCUACGGCCCUGGAGGCAAAGAUGGUUCUGCCAUCCUGAAAAGCACUGCUGUCAUCAAUCAGGGCCUUUUUUAAGGAUUUUCCCGUGGGGGGACAUUUUUUGAAAAGGGACCUUUCUGUGAGAUAAUAUAUUAGAGGGGGAUAGCAACGGCUUAAAGCCACGUGUGUCGUCAAUAUACCACGCAUGAAUGGGGGGUCUGGGGGUGUACUCCCCCAGAAAAUUUUUGAAAUUUGACUCCCGGAAAUGUCAUUUCCUGCAUUCUGAGCAUUCAAAUUUGCAUUCCUGCAUUCUGAGCAUUCAAAUUUGCUCGAAAAUUUAUCCUAACUAUACUUGUAUUUGAAAUAAAUAUAGGAAGAAACGCACAAAAAGUAAAAAAAUUAACCAUCUUUUAUUAUUACUUAUUAGAGGAGGAUAGCAAUAUGGUCAGGUGCGUGGGGGUGUACUCCCCCAGAAAAUUUUUGAAAUUUGAACCAUGGAAAUGCCAUUUCCUGCAUUCUGAGCAUCCAAAUUUGCUCUAAAAUUUAUGCUAACUACAGUUGUACUUGAAAUAAAAGAUGGAAAAAUGCACAAAAAAAAUAAAAAAGAAUAUUAAUUAACUGUAAUUUAUCAUUACUUAUUAGAGGGAUAAUCCCAAGAAAAUUUUUGAAAUUUGAAACCUUGAAAUGUUAUUUCCUGCAUUCUGAGCAUCCAAAAAAUAAAACAAAUAUUAACAAUAAUUUAUCAUUACUUAGUGGUAAAAAAAGUAACAAUUUAAAUCGAUUUUGUUAAACAAGAACAAAGGAUAAAGCCUAAAACUCACUUUCCGUUUAUCUAUUUGUUAAUCUUCGCUGGAUUGUUUGUAUAAUUUUAGGAAAAAGGGACUUUUCCUGGGGGGGCAAAAUGUGAUUUCGUGGGGGGGCACAAGGGGGGACUGGGGGGCAAAUGCCCCCCCCCCCAGCUUCUAUGUUAAAAAAGGUCCUGUCAUCAAUUCUAGAUGAGCAUUUUAAAGAUCUCCUAAAUCGUGUAAAGUAAAAGAGACCGAACUGCAUGUGGAAACUAUAUAAUGUGAUUUACACAAAACAAUGGUUUUUGAGAACCAGCAUAUGACGAACAAUUCCUUAAGUGGUUAACUAGUUUCAAAAAUGGUGCAUGGCACUGUAACUUGCUACAGUAUUCGUACGACGUGCUUGGAUAAAUGAUGAUAUACUGUACUAGCUAAUUUGAGUGUCGCUGCAAUUGUCGACCACCAUCUUCAAAAGUAAAAGAGACCGUACUGCAUGUGGAAACUAUAUAAUGUGAUUUACACAAAACAAUGGUUUUUGAGAUCAGAACCAGCCAAGAUGUAAAAACAAUUAUUUUGCUAGAUCUAAGCAGAUCUUGUAUUUACAACUUAAGGAAGCGUAAACGAGACACUUUUUGGUGUGGAUUUUACGUAAGCCGAACAGUUCCAAAAGUUUGGAUUAAACGAUCUACAAUCUUGGCAAAAACUAAUGAAACAUCCAGUAUGAUUAACAAUUUAAUCUAUUCUUCCCCCCUUACAAUGUUGAUUAAGAUAAGUAAAAAACCUACACAUAGUGUUCUCUGCCAUUGAUGAACUAUUGAACGUAAUUUUUCAGACUCUAUAGCCAACAUUGUUCAGGAGGGAAGGGGAUUUUGUCUAUUUUAUUGAUUUUUAUAGGUGUUUCAUUAACUUUUUGCCAAGAUUGAAUCCUGGCAAAAACUAAUGAAACAUCCAGUAUGAUUAACAAUUUAAUCUAUUCUUGCCCCCUCCCCUUACAAUGUUGAUUAAUUAAGAUGAGUAAAAAACCUAUACAUAGUGCUCUCUGCUAUCGAUGAACUAUUGAUUAUUGAACAUAAUUCUUUAGACUCUACAGCCAACAUUGUUCAGGGGGAGGGGAUUUUCCCUAUUUUAUUGAUUUUUUAAAUAAGUGUUUCAUUACCUUUUUUUAACUUUUGAGUAGUGCUUUGAUAAAAUUAAAAUGCUUGGUAACUAUUGAAUAUUUUAAUUAAAUGCAAAUGAUCAGAAAACAAUAAAACGUACGGUGUACUAAUUUUUUCUCGCUCGUAAAUUAAGAAGUAAUUUAAAAACUGGUAGCCGAAUAAUUGAGUUUGCUGUGGAAAAACAAACACAUGCUCCAAGUUGUAAAUCGGAGGCAAAUAUGAGGUAUAUGACGUCAUUUUGACGUCCUGAUUCAUCUCGCGUUGCUGAAGCUGUCCAUAUUGUAGUUUUGCAGUCGCACACUUUUCAAAUAUAUCUACGUGAUAAUUAAAAUUUUAAUAUUUAAAGAAACGUCCCUCAUAGCUUACACAUGGUAUUAUCAAGAAAGGCCAACAUUGCAUACAGCGCAUCUUGUGUCAAGCGUACGUAAUUGUAUUCCAUGGCUAUUAAACAAUGGAAUAUGCCUGUGCAGUACUCAGGCCGAUUAAUGCUUGGCUCUUGCUUUGCUCUGCCCACGCUUGACGUGAUAUGUCCGCGCGAGUUGCGCGCGAUAACACAUAUCUAGCGUGUUGCCAUUUGAGUGCAUUUUGGCGUUCGAAUGAAACUGAAAUUCAAUAAAUACGAGCUCUAGGAUUAUGUUAGAUUAUAGCAACCAGCAGGGAUGAGUAAACUGUUAGCUUUUCUUCUGCAAUUGGCCGUUGUAUAGUAUAAUAUAUAAUAUGCGAUAUGCGGCGACCUUUGAACUUUGAUAUAUAAUAUAAUAUAUAAUAUAUAAAGCUCGCUAUUGCGGGUGUUUAUGUUUGAAUUAUUCAACAUCGAUUUGUGUAUCCUUUUUAUUUUUCUACGCACAGAAAAAUAUUUGAAGUACAAAUAAGUACCCAGCAUAUGGAUGGUUCAAACUUUUUUGGGGUGGUGAUGUUUAAGUGUAGACUCUUAAGGGCGCAAUAAAUGUUGUUGUUGAAAUAUAAUAUCCUUUCAUAUAAAGACUCAGACAAGUGUCGAAUAUUCUGCUAAAUAUAUAAACGAACAUAUGUACUUAUCAUAUUGUACUUCUGUAUAUGGUAUUCUCUCUGUUCCUUGCAUAUUAUAUGAAUGCACUACUUACUAGUUGCAAACGGUUUGUUAGUCAUUUUAUAAUAUUUUUAUAUUUGUAUUUCAUAUUUUGUUUCACAGCAGGGGCCUAUUAAUGAUCAUGGCGUGCGCGAAUUCAUCACGCAAAAAACGCGUUGGACUUGCGGGCACAUAAGACAAUGUUAAUGUGGGUCGUUAAUAAGUAUAUAUUGUCCAGAGUACAGCUAACUUUGGUCCUACAAUUAGACUUGUAAGCAUUGUAAUCUGGAACGGUCGUUUUAGUGCAAAUUAUAUUGACAUUGUCCGAGACAUUGUUGUAUUCACUGCAACAUUUUCAUAUCUGUGGCAUAAUCUUUAAGUUUCUAAUUAGUACAUUGCAGUAUAUGAGUAAAAGGUUCUGUGAUAAUAUUUUUGUACAUAUCCAUGAAUGUUUAGUGUGCCCGCAAGCCGUGUUUUAAAACAUAAAGUUAAUUUCCAUUAUCACCGCCUAUAUCUUGUCACAUGACCAGUUUCCAUAGAAACCAAAUAGUUGAAAAACAUCGGCAGUUGCUUUCCAACAUCUCAUCCAAAUAUGAGAGUCAUAGUGUACUUUGUUAAUUUUUAAUUAAUUUUUAAAAAUUUUUCCUAUUUUCCCACUCCUUACGAAAUUGGAGCCAGGCAUUAAUGCACCUGAGUAUCAACGUGUGGAUACUUCAGAGAGGCUUGAUAUUACCUCUGAGCCCUAUUUUUGUUGGUUUUUUUUUUUGGGGGGGGGAGGGCAGCAAUCUUCGUUAAAUUUCCCUGUAUGGAUACACAAUUACUUCUAGCCAAUAUAAUUUUCGAACAAUGAUUGGAACAAUUUUACUCGUUGUAUGACGCUAAAGACUAAAAUACUUUGUAUAUAAAAACAACAUGACAUUAGGAAUUAGGCUUUUUCUGACGUUUUUGUAUAUAGUUGAAAACCUUGGUAACGUUUCAGAAAGGAAUUUUCGAUUCAAAUUUGAGCGAAAUUGCUUGAAAACAGUUCUCAAUUUUCAUUCAUAUGAAUAAGGCAGACUUUCGAAGUGCAGUUCUUGCAAAAAAGGCAACCUGCGGCCCCGGGGUCCCCCCCCCCGUGACUCCGCGGCGCCACUGCAUAUGCUUACUAUGCACAUGGGGACCCGACGAACAUACUUGGUGGCCUCCACAGCAUGAAGUCUGUCAGCUGGUUAUUAUUAUUUUCCCUCAUAAAUUAUAUUUAAAAAUCCAUUUGUUACUACCAUCAUUUUUUUCAUUGGACAUUUCAUACGUUUGUUGGUCCGUUGAACAUAAAAGGAUUUCAAUUCAACUUUUUCAUAUGCCCCAAAAUUUGACGUGAUGCAUAGCUUUCGGACAGUGGCGCAUUGCCUCACCCCCCCCCCCAAAUUGGAAAAAGGGCUGCCCUUAUGAAAAGUUGACAUCUGGGCAGAACUGAGGGGGUACGAUGUGUGAAUAAUGAUUCCCAUCUAUUUUGUUUACCAAUAAAAGUUGUAAUGUUCCCUAUCUGGAAUUCUAACCGUCCAUUAAAAAAUGCGUAUGGUGGUUGAAAGCACAUUUGAACUCGAAUUUCCGCGCAUAUAGCAGCAGUCAAAGUUCAAUGUUCAUUCUUUUUUACAAUAUAAUUUCCACUUCAAAAACGAGGACAUCGUGCUAUUUUGCUGUUGAAUUUGUGUAUACAGUACAAUAUUUUACAAAAAUAUUUGUUUUAAUCUAACAACAUUAGGCGACUUAAAAAUGGCUGUUAUGGUAGUAACGGCAGUGGCGUAACUACUAUGUGCUCAGACCGGGAGAACCCGGAGGCCCCCAACCCCAAUGGGCCAAAUAGGGGCCCCAGGCUUAGGCGAUAGAGCAAAAACAUUGGCCAGGGCCUCUCUGAUAUGUUACAAUGUCGUUUUCUGACCAUCAUAAUUCUGUAAAAUCUCUCCCCAAAGUCCAGAAAAAUGGCAUUUCAGAGAGUCUAGCUAGAUUAAAAAAUUUUCCAGAUGAGCAUGCCCUGGACUCCUUAGAAAAUCGUGCAUAUAAACGGCGCUCGACUCGUGCCUUUGGCACUUCUACUAGGGAGCUUUCGAAAAUUUUGAACCGGGGCCCCCGAUAUAACGUUACGCCACUGAAUAACGGUUCUUCAAACAUCGUCCGAAAGUACAUAAAAUAGCGUUGUAAUGAAUCUAUAAAAAUUCACAAUUACCCCAGACUCCCAUGGACUUAUCGCGCCUUUGACGCUUGCAUUUCAAAUGCCAUAAAAAUCCUCCCCCCCCCCCAAGUUUGGACCCUGGCUACCCCACUGCUGUGGGACAUGUAUUGCAAUUUUUAAACCGCUUUGCAUACAUUUUGAAAAUAAUCUUCCACUGGGUAAUUUAUAUCUUCCAAACUUUUUCCCGUACAUUUUUAUUAUUCAAAAACAGUAAAUUAGUUUAAAACUAAUACCUAGUUUCUGUUUAAUUAAUCUUAUGCUGCAGGUUCUCCGACUUUGGGUGAGAUAUUUAACCCAGCUCUGGAUUGUCCAGAUGUUGUUGAUCGAUUACCUGAAGCGAAAGAUGGGUUUUAUUGGAUUGUUCUAAACAAUGGAGUGCAUAAGGUGGCAAUUGAGGUUCAUAGUACUUGCAACUAUUGACUCGUUAAAAUGAAUUUAUAAAAUCAUGUCAAUUAGGUUUGGUGUGAUGUUCAUACAGACCAUGGUGGAUUUACGCUAGUUGGGAUGAAGGAUAGCCCUGUGUCCUGGACAGUACCAUCUAAUUCGACUCCAGUUGACCCCCAGGGACCUCCACAAUGGUCAAGUAUUUUCGGUGAUGUCAAAGUUCUCGAUUUUAGAGUCCAAUUUUCAACUGAUAAAACUUUUGAAGGAACAAAGGCAGACUGGUAAGAAUACCUAAUUGUUACUUGUAAAGUCGAAAGUUGAUAUUUUGCUUUCAUGCAUGGACAAAAGAAUAAUGUUAUCCUUUCCCUAAUUAAAUUUAUAAUUUAGUCGAUCAAGAGUAAGAAGUACAAUUUAAAUUGCUGUAAGCAUUGUGUUAAUAUGUUAUUUGACAUGAAACUGAAUGUGACAAGUCCAUGCAAUAUAAUAGACACAGUAUGAUUAGUCAAUUUUCACCCAUUUCCUAUUCUCCUCCCUCGGUUUUGGUGUAUUUGACUCAAGACCUAUGGCAUUGAAAGUUGGUGACGGCUUUUGAUUAUUUAUGGGGGAGAGCGGGGUUGACAUUUAACUAGUGCAGGGUGUCCCCAAAAAGUCCCCCUUUAAAAAUAACUCUUGUGCGUUAUUAUAUAUAAUUAUAUAUAAUAUCGGCAUCACGGAAAUAGUUUAAUUCUAUACUGUUUGCAUCCGACCAAUUUUGGAGUAUGCAUCCCCAGUCUUCCACGACAGUCUAACCGCCUAUCUAUCAAACGAUCUCGAAAUUAUACAAAAAAGAGCUCUGAGGAUAAUAUUCCCUUGGGUCCCAUAUGAUGAGGCACUUAAAGGUGUUGCCGGCCUUCAGCAAUUAAGUACACGAAGACAAACUUUUCCAUGAAAUAGAAUCUAAUGAUAGCCACACAUUGCAUAACUUACUACCUCCUGGUAAUUUGAACCAUUUUAGUCUAAGAACAAAACACAAAUUUAAUGUUAACUUCCAGACGGAACGACAAAGGAAAACUUUUAUUGUACAUAAUUCAUUAAAAUCUUAAGAUAUAAUUAAAUUUAAAUUAUUUAUUAGUCUAGUCAUGACAAACCGCACUGCCUUAAUUAUGCAAACUUUGUGUUUUAAAAACACGAAUCUCCGGAAACGCAUUAGCUCAUAACUGUCACAAAUCCAGGUGAAGUGCAUAAAUUUACUACGAUUUUUCGCCUAAUGAUAUUGCUGAUCUCUGUAGGAGCUCUGACGAAACCUGUUAUUAAUAUUGUUAUUGAUUAAAGGUACAGAUUGAAGGUGUUUUGGAUCUUCUGAGUGAUAACAACUUCUGAUUUAUUGUAUAUGACAUUUAUUGCGGGAAGCAAUAACACGUGCAAAUGUUGCGCUUUUUCGCCUUCUGAUGGCCUCAACGUAGCAGCAUAUGGUACCCAGAAUGACAUAUUGUAACAAAGUCAAAGAUCUAUGAAUUAUUCUGUUCUACAUGUAUCAAGUGUUUACCAUGUGCCUAUAUAUCAGAUAAAGUUGUGCGUUCUGUGAUGGUGGCUCAGUAACUGUUUUUUUCAGUAUUUCACUAUACCGUUGAGACACGAUCUGCUUAGCACGAUAAUCUGUUCGCACUUACAAAACUCCCCAACCUUUAAUUUAAAACAACUCUCUCUAAAGCAUAAACAUCGGCAUCGCUUGCUGGUGACUGUUUUGACUUGCCUUCUAUUAUUUCAGAUGCAAUAUGCGCAUGCUUUUCCAUAUGCCUAUUUACUUCAAAUACUUUUAAGCUUUAAUUACUGAUUAAGGUAAGAUGAAGCAUCUUCAAAAUGUGUCAGCAUAAGAUGACGCAUCUUUCUGACACAAGAGUAUAUCAGCUUAAACGUAUUUGGAACAAAUAAACUUGUCAUCAUGCAAGAUCAUGCAGUAGAUUGUGCAUUAGAGCAAAGCAAUGUCAUAUUGUAUUUAUUGCAACAUUAUGUUAGCAACUCAAACUCCAUUUCAAUUUGGAAACCAUAGUUCCAUAUGCCUAUUUAUUCAAAUACUUUUAAGCUUCAAUUACUGAUUAAGGUAAGAUGAAGCAUCUUCAAAAUCUGUCAGUAUAAGAUGACGCAUCUUUCUGACACAAGAGUAUAUCAGCUUAAAAGUAUUUGGAACAAAUAAACUUGUCAUCAUGCAAGAUCAUGCAGUAGAUUGUGCAUUAGAGCAAAGCAGUGUCAUAUUGUAUUUAUCGCAACAUUAUGUUAGCAACUCAAAUUCCAUUUCAAUUUAGAAACCGUAGUUCCAUAUGCCUAUUUAUUCAAAUACUUUUAAGCUUCAAUUACUGAUUAAGGUAAGAUGAAGCAUCUUCAAAAUCUGUCAGCAUAAGAUGACGCAUCUUUCUGACACAAGAGUAUAUCAGCUUUAAAGUAUUUGGAACAAAUAAACUUGUCAUCAUGCAAGAUCAUGCAGUAGAUUGUGCAUUAGAGCAAAGCAAUGUCAUAUUGUAUUUAUCGCAACAUUAUGUUAGCAACUCAAAUUCCACUUCAAUUUAGAAACCGUAGUUCCAUUAUGCCUAUUUAUUCAAAUACUUUUAAGCUUCAAUUACUGAUUAAGGUAAGAUGAAGCAUCUUCAAAAUCUGUCAGCAUAAGAUGACGCAUCUUUCUGACACAAGAGUAUAUCAGCUUAAAAGUAUUUGGAACAAAUAAAUUUGUCAUCAUGCAAGAUCAUGCAGUAGUUUGUGCAUUAUAGCAAAACAAUGUCAUAUUGUAUUUAUCGCAACAUUAUGUUAGGCUGUUAGCAACUCAAAUUCCAUUUCAAUUUAGAAACCGUAGUUCCAUAUGCCUAUUUACUUCAAAUACUUUUAAGCUUCAAUUACUGAUUAAGGUAAGAUUAAGCAUCUUCAAAAUCUGUCAGCAUAAGAUGACGCAUCUUUCUGACACAAGAGUAUAUCAGCUUAAAAGUAUUUGAAACAAAUAAAUAUAUUUGCAAUCACGCAAGGUCGUGCAGUAGAUUGUGCAUUAUAGCAAAGCAAUGUCAUAUUGUAUUUAUCGCAACAUUAUGUUAGCAACUCAAAUUCCAUUGGAAUUUAGAUUAUUUAAUACAGUAUCAUGUAAGUGGAUUCGAGAGCUUUCGGCCAAUAUUUUGAGCCACGUACUUUGCAAAACAUCGAGAUCGAGUUGCAGAGGCUGACAUAAACCUACCCUUCUUGACUCCUUUUGGCAUGAGUUACUGCAUGUAAUUAUUUACUUACUGUACGUUUUCCAGAACUAUGAAAAUUGUUUAAUCAUACCAAUAUACAUCACUCUGAACACUCCCAGUAAGGUGAAGACCAUUCGCGUUCGUAUAAACGAGAAUUAAGCCGUUUCAAAACUUUGUAUACGUUUUUGGUUCGUCUUUCAAUCUGUUCUCUAAGAGCAUUAUGUGCUCAAUCAUUCGCGCCGUUUCGUCCCUUUCGUUGUUCUUCAGAGUGUAAACGCUUGGUGUUGUGUUGGCGCCAAUUUGAAUCUUCAAGCGGGAACGAGUUGACCAUUUGGCGUAUAUGCUGGAAUACGCUGGACUGUAGCUACGCACCAGGGCGCUUAUAUAAUGGGCGGUGAAACGGAUAUAGGCGCGCUGAUCGAUGUGUGAUGCGGCAGACUGGUAACAAGUCAAGUUAGUUAGUAAAAUAAAUAAACAUGGCGACUGCAAAUUCGGAAUCAUUGUCAAACUCAAAUACGGAGUUUUUCUUAGACGAAGAAGCUGAAAGCGAGCUUACACUUUCCGUCCCACAUUCUAAUCGUGUUGAAUAUUGCAAUAUCUGCCAUUCGUUUGACAUCGUUUCUCCAAACGCUUUUGCAAGUGUACAAGCCGCCUGCAAAUGAGAACUGUAUUUUAACUUUGGCAGUGGAAGCAGCAUUCAAUGAGAGUAAGUCUGCCCUCGUAGAAGAGUUUCUACAGAACAUAUUGUGUUUGUUUGAAGUUUGUUUUAGCCAGGCAGGAGCAGAAAAACACUCUCAGAAAUAUGCAAUAAGCUUAGAAAAGGCAUUUGCUGAAAAACGACGUUCUAGUUUUCACCAUUGUGCAAUUAAAUGGUCAUGGGAGAGAUUAUUUACUAAUACAGCAAGUCAGAGUAGUGAAUAUAAUCAAGCUUCAGAACAGUUGCUGCAGCAAAUUCUUCAGUACUUUUGGUCUUCAAGUAGUAAUAGUUGUAUUACUGUUGAAAGUCCUGAAGAGGAAGGUGAGGAAAGUACUGAAGAUCCUGCUGCUUGUGAUGAGAGUGAUUUCGACAACAUCAAAGAUCAUGCUGGUUGGGUAGUUAAACGAGCUAGGGAGACAUUAAUGAAGGGAGAUAAUAAAAUACCGGCAAAGGAAAGUGUCACAGAGUCGACCCUUGUCUAUGGAGAUAAAGCUGGGGCAUUGGAAAUAAUUUCUGCCUUGGGGAAAGAUGUUAAGCAAGCAGAUGGAAAAUUUAGAUUUAUUGUUCAUGAACAUGUUGUUCCUUUUUUUCUGUUUCUUCAUAAUUUGGUUGAAAAACUCAUUAAUCCUAAUAAUGUUGUGCUUCAAAAGGGAAAUAUCCUGAUUGAUUGCCUUGAUAAAAUGGCCAGACAUAAGGAGCUAAGAGAAAAAUGGGAUCACUUAACAUCAAAGUCAGAUGAAACAUCCGUCAUUGUUCUCCAAAGAAUUGCGACGUUCUUUGUUAAAUCGAAACAGCAAAUACUUAGAGAAAAAAGGGGCCUAAAACCAAAUAAAAGUAGGAUGACAGUUCGGCAACAACUUAGGCAGUCAAAUAAUAAAGCAACUUCAUCUCGCUCCUCCAAGGAAAAGAAUACAGUAAAUGAGGAAGUUAAUAAAUUAAGAUCUGGGGAUUUAACAUCUGUUAGCAUUCAAUCUCAGUUAAAACAGGAGGAUUUACUUGGGAAACUUAAUGGGAAAGAACUUGCAACGAUAUUAAAAUCAGUGGGAAAGCCAUCCUUUUUGGGAAAGAAAAAAAGCAAGCAAGUUACAACACUGCUUGAAGUUUUAAAAGCUGGAAACAUAACUGUGAAAGAUAUUGACGCAACUUAA